AAAAAAAAAGAAAAAAACAAACAAACAAACAACCGAGGAUGAAUUACGUUAGAUGAAAGGAAGGCGUUUCGGAACCGGACUACCUGUGUGAAUGGUCUUCUCUUACGGAUGGAUCUUUGUUCAACACUAUGACUAAACAAUUGGUUACUUACUGGAUGAGUAUACCUAAAUACUGCCUAUUUAGCGACGGGAUUUGGGAUUGUGAUUUCUUCAGCGUUCUUCCUUGGGUGCAUGCCAUACGAUGCGGUCUUUUGCUUGCUUUCUUAGCCUGUCCUUCGACUGAACCCCUCUUGUCUUGAACUUAUGUAUCCUCCUGUUCUGAUUGUUCCCAUUUUGGUGUAUUAUACGACGCUGUUUUUUAUCCGUUGAUAGUAUACUUAGUUGUUGGUUAUUACAUAGCCAGGUAGUCUUUGGUAAUAUGACCCCCUUUUUGGCA